UUCGUGAAGAACGCGUAAGAGAGCACGGCUGGUGCAAACGGGAUUUCUGCGAGAUAACAUCAAGCAACCAGCGAGGAUCCGCCGUUGUAGGACUGCUCCAGCGGGUUGUACUGAAUAAAGAGGAACUCUCUCUGAAUUACGAGAAGAGAUGGCCUUGUCUGGAUGGGUGUGCGUUGUGACGGGUGCCUCCAGAGGCAUUGGCAGGGGCGUAGCUCUCCAGCUUUCGGAGGCAGGAGCAACUGUCUACAUCACAGGGCGGCAGGAGAAGACCCUGAAGCAAACUGCUGCUGAGGUGAGUGAAAGAGGUGGGAAGUGCGUGCCAGUCAUCUGUGAUUCUACAAAAGAUAAAGACAUCGAAGAGCUUUUUGAACGGAUUAAACGGGAUCAGGACGGCAGACUAGACCUGCUGGUUAACAAUGCCUAUGCUGGAGUUCAGAAUAUUUUUGACAACAUGGAGAAGAAGUUUUGGGAAACAGAUCCUAGUGUUUGGGACUCCAUCAACAAUGCAGGUCUCAGGGGUCACUAUAUAUUCUCUGUUUAUGGCGCCCGGCUGAUGGUGGCUCAAGGCCGCGGUCUGAUAGUGACCGUUUCAUCCAUGGGGGGGCUGAAGUACCUCUUCAAUGUAGCGUACGGUGUUGGAAAGGCAGCGUGUGACAGGUUGGCAGCCGACAUGGCAGUUGAGCUAAAAAGCAGAGGAGUGGUUUCUGUCAGCUUGUGGCCGGGGCCAGUGCAGACAGAGCUGGUCACUCAAUUUAUGGAGGAGGGUGAUCCAUCUGUGGGUCAGGGUAGACAGAUGUCAAACAUUUUUGCCAAUGGAGAAACAACAGAAAUGAGUGGCAAAUGUAUUGUCAAUUUGGCAAAAGAUAAAGAUAUAAUGUCGCUGACUGGAAAGGUGCUCAUGACAUGUGACCUAGCCCGGCGUUAUGGGAUAAAAGAUAUUGACGGGCGGAGUGUAACGGAUUUCACGUCCCUAAAAUUCCUCCUGACCCAGGUUCCGUACCUCUCCUGGUUGUCGGCGAUUGUUCCUUCAUUCAUCCGCCUGCCGCGCUUCGUCCUCACUUUGGCUAGCAGCCACUUCUAACAACUUUCCACAUCAAAACAUACACCAGUAUAGCAAAUGAAAGUUGUAAUUCCUACAAUUUAUCUUCCCAGCCAAAUUAAAUUUAUUUAGAAAAAAAAUGUAUUAACUCCACGGUGUUUAAACCAUUUAUUAUCAUCACCAAAUUAAUAUUAUUAUUGUAAGUAUACACAUUUAUUGUACUUUGAAUGGUGUUUUAAAUGAGAUUACGUUUUUUUUUUUUUUUGCACAUUAAUGAAACCAUGUUGAUCGGUAAAAGUUUAGCUCUUAAUAUGAGUUAAGCACUUAAGAAUCCUCACAAUGUGACUAUCUAUUCAUCUAUCCAUCUUACCAAAAGCAUGGUUGCGAGGACAGCAGCCCAAGCAAAGAUGUCCAGACCUUCCUCUCCAAAGAUGGACAGUUCCAGCUACGUCAGAGAUUCAACUUUCGGCCAAAUUUUCCUCUCCGGCUGAGUUGUGGGAUCCCCAGAACUCAGACAGUGAGGGACCGCUACCCCAGAGGCACUGUCCCUGACCGCCAUGUAAUGUUGUAAAGGCGUGUCACGGCGGACCUCUUCCAACUUGGGUGCCUUCCCACCGAGGAGCGUUUUGACCACCUUUGUGACUUUGGCUUGGAUGAUGGACUUACCCACCUCUGUGUCCUCAACUUCUGCUUCGUCAGUGGAAGGCCUGUUGGUAGGAUUAAGGGGUGUGCCUUCUACCUCUCCCCAAUCUCCUCAGUCAAGGUCAACAACUCAGCACCAGCACUCUUGGUGGUGUUAGCAGAGAACUGCAGAAUUUCUCCCAAACUCCUCCCAGCUCCAAUUUCCCACCUCUGCCACUGCCCGCACUCCAUGCUGCUUCCACUCCUGAUACAUAUCAGCUGCUUCAGGAGUCCUACAAGCCAGUCAGACCUGAUUGGACUCCCUCUUUAGCUUGCGUCAUCCCUUACUUUCAAAAACUACCACCAUGUUUGUGAAUUGCUGCCCCUAUACACAGCUGCGAUGACAUUGGACCGCUCAGGCUCAGUGUCUUGGUGUGGUUAAAGCGCUCCAGGAUGUGGGAGAUGAAGAUGGUCCCAACAGACUCUCACAGUACGUUUGAGCCAGCAGAAUUAGCCUCAUGUAUUUUGUGACGUUUUACACAGCUAAAAAACCCUUUUAUAAAUCGUUCAAUGUUUUUGGACAUCUUAAAAUGGGUUCCUUUCAUGUCUAUGGAUGUGCAACAGAGCUAUAAAAGUUUUUCAGAAAAUAUAAUUUAACAAUGAAACCAACAAUUUUGUUGGUUAAGUAUUUUGUAGCACUAGCAGUACAAGCCAAUAGAAUAAAAAUAUUUUGUACUAGUUCAUGUCAUCGAUCAAACAAACCUAUUAUUUGAUCAAUGGUUUGAAGCUAAAGGUAGAAAUAAGCCUGUUUUUCGUUUUGAAAUAAACCCAGAGAUUUUGUAAGAAGUGUAAAGAUUGCACCAUUUUGUAUUUUAUAAUAAUGUAAGAAGGACAUGAGUCGGUCUUUUUAAAAAUACAUUCCAUUAAUAUUA